AUGGAUAACAUCGAGAUGAUAUGGGACAAUCAAGUUGUUGCGGAAUCUUUCCCCAAGUUAAAAUCGCUUUUUGUGGAGAGAUGCAAUAAGCUUGUGACCGUUGUUCCUCCUUUCGUUCUAGGACGGCUCAAGAGCCUGGAAAGUUUAAUGGUAGAAGCAUGUGGUUCCCUUGAAGUUGUUUUCGGACUUCAGCCACUGAUUCCUCUAGAUGGGCAUCCUGUCGCUCUUCCGUUAAAACAUCCGACAAGAUCGGGAUUACCAAAGCUAAAGUGUGUAUGGGAUAAGGAACUCCACCAAGUUAAAUUCCAACGUCUACGAUCCGUUAGCAUUUCCGAAUGCAAUAGCCUCACCUCUCUAUUUCCAGCCUCGGUAAUCAGAGAUCUAAUCCAACUUGAGGAGUUGGUGAUCUGUGAAUGUGGCAUUGCGGAGCUCAUCGAGAAGGAAGAAGCACUACUAUUUCCCAGGUUUGAUUUCCCAAAGUUAACCUCCCUCAAGCUUAAAGAUCUGACCGAGUUGAAGCACAUCUACACCGGAACACAUACUUCCCAUUGGCCGGCAUUGAAGACCUUGACGGUGGAUGGCUGUAACAAAGUGGAGAUACUUGCUUCCCAAAAUGAGAAUGAGAUACCACGUCAUAAACAGCCUCUCUUCUUGAUAGAAAAGGGCGCAUUCCCUAAUCUCCAAGAGUUCAAAUUGGAUUUAUGCGAACGGAUGGAGAUAUGGCAUGGGGAUUUUCAUGAUGAGGAAUUCUUCCGCAAGCUUAGAGUUCUUAAGUUUCGUCAUCUCUCCAAGGGAUCUGCAACAUCCACAAGUCGUUUUAUUGAGAGUUUAACCAACUUGGAAGAGCUAGUCGUAUGUGAAUCUUAUCUAGAAGAGCCAAGCAGCAAUGUGGAAGCCAUGGAAGGCCCUAGUCAAGAGCAAAAAGUAAUAUUACCCUUUUCAAGACAAAUUAAACAUCCGAUGGCUCUAAAUGUGUCAAAUUGUGAUGGGUUAUCAAGUAUGUUUACACCAACAAUAGCUGAAAAUUUGGUGGCUCUCACAAAAUUGAGGAUAAGUAAUUGCAGGAUAUUGACAGAAGUCCUUCAUGACGAGGAAGGUGAGGAGAGGCGCGAAGUGGCUUUCGAUCAAUUGAAGUGUAUGGAGCUUGAUGGGAUGAUUGAGUUGACAUGUUUCAGCCCAGGUCGAUGCGUUUUGAGGUUCCCUCUCUUGGAAGAUGUCAUUGUGAAUGGAUGUCCCAACAUGAAGUUCUUCUCCGAGGGGCCAAUAGAGGCCCCAAAGCUGGAGAGAGUAAAAGUAGAUACGGUAGAAUUUUGGAAGGAAAACCUCAACAUGACCAUCCAAAAUACGUUUAAAGAAAUGGUUACUAAGGCUAAGUUUGUGCGGCUGUUUGAGUUCCCCGAGCUCGUUGGAAAGUGGCACAACGAACAUAAUCCUGUCAAUUCAUCUUGGCAAUUAAAAGCCCUGGUGGUGGAUGAGUGUCCAUUUAUUAAUGCUAUGCCAUCCAAAUUGAUGCUUGUUUUAGAGAAAAUGACGAGCUUGCAUGUGCGCGAUUGCAAGUCUUUGGAAGAAAUAUUUGAUCUUGAAGGGCUUGAGCCGAUGGAAAGCACUCGGGUGCUACCUCGCUUAGAGGAUUUGCGCUUGAUCAAUCUACCAAAGUUGAGGCAAUUAUGGAACAAAGAUCUUCAAGGAACGAUGCGCUUCAAUUCUCUAUAUUCUCUUACCCUUUAUAAAUGCAGCAAUCUAAGACAUGCUUUCACUCCAUCGAUGGCUUGGUGCCUUGCCAAUAUAUAUCGUAUGGAAAUAAGGGAGUGUGAUCAGAUGGAAGGAGUGAUCGAAGAGGAAGAAGGGCAUGGAAGCGUAGUGGAGAAGAUUUCAUUCCCGAGGCUCGGUCGGAUGACACCGAAAUGGUUGCCUAAUUUGACUAGUUUCCUAUCGGGAAAGAAUCAUGCGCUGGAUUGUCCCAAAAUAGAAUAUCUAAGGAUUGCCCACUGCCCCAAAAUGAGAAGUUUGACAUGGCGGUCUUCAAUGGAUAUCAACCAUAACACGCCUUCACUUUUCACUCCACAGGACUUUCCGAACUUAGAGGGACUUUUAUUAGUCCAUAAAGACAUUGAGAUGAUACAGGAUGGAAAAUAUCCGGAUGACAUCUUUGGCAAGUCUAAAGCAUUAACAAUGGCAUGCUUUCAUGAGGAAAAGGCCGUCUUUCCAUCUAGAUUCCUCCUAGAGAGAUUUCAGAACCCGGAAAGCCUCGAGGUCUUCCGUAGCUCCUUUGAAGAUAUAUUCCCUGACAAAGCAUUUGUUGACGAGAAAAGAAAUUCGGUGCUUGAAAGUUUAAGAGUACUUAAGUUGAGCAAGCUGUGCAAGCUAAAGCGUGUGUGGAGAGAAGAUUGUUUGAUGUCCAAAAUUCUUCGAAGCAUCAAAACACUUGAGGUCCGGGAUUGUCCUGAGUUGACGAUAUUAUUUCCGGCCGUGACAUCCUUCCGGAAUUUGACGGAGCUAGUGGUGAGCAAUUCCUCCGGAUUGGUACAUCUAGGGACAGCUUUCGCGGUCGCAAGUUUGGUGCAUCUAACUGAGAUGACGAGUACUCCUUGUGGCUUCGUCAGGAAACAUAUUCAUUUAGACAGAUUUUCCCCUGUGCUUGUGGUUAAGAUUGAUGACUUCCAUUAUAUUCUGUUAAAACUCAUGAAACUGGCAACUACCGCCGUAAACUUAGGCCUUGUGUGA